AUGAAGGAGAAAGCCUGUCCUGAUCAGUACCUAGAAAUCAUGGAUCCUGACCAUUUCUUCUUACUAGUGGCCAAAGAAAUAACCUCUGGUGAGAAUGAAGUCACGAAGAGUCUUCCACAUUCUCUCAUCUCUCUGACCACAGUGAAUGUGAAUGAAAGAUCCAGAAAGAAUUUUCAAAAGCUUGCUGCUCAGUCACCAACCUUUGGGAGAAGCUGUGGAUUGACUGCUGCCUGCGCUGAGGUCUCCAGAACCUGCGGCGGCUUUCCAGGCGAGCUCCUGGUGCUGACUAGGGCACAGAGGGCAGUUGCGGCGGAAUGGUGGCUACCAGUGUUUAGCCUAAUUGGCAAGCGAGCAGUUUCCAUCUCAGUGUGUGUUCAAGCGCAUGGAAGUGUCAUGAAGAGUGAAGACUAUGCUCUCCAGAGUGACGACGACCAGGGUGACUAUCCCCUGCCCGAUGUGGUCCCCGCCAAGAACCUCUCUGCCACCCAGAAGGCCUUGAAAGAGAAGAAGACUCCCUGGAGCAGCCUCUCCAUUGAGGAGAAAGUUGAAUUGUACCGCAUCCAGUUCAAUGAGAGCUUUGCUGAAAGGAACAGGAACACGAAUGAGUGGAAGAUGGUUGUGGGCACCGCCAUGGUCUUCAUCGGCUUCACCGCUCUCAUUCUGAACUGGGAGAAGCACUCCGUGUACAGCCCUGUCCGGCACACCUUUGAAGGGUGGGUGGCCAAGCACACCAAGAGGAUACUCAACGUGAAGGUCAACCCGAUUCAGGGCUUCUCAGCCAAGUGGGACCAUGACAAGAACGAGUGGAAGAAAUAG